AAUCCGUUGUGAGCCGCUGAGACUGAGGAGGAAGAGGAGGAGGAAGACGCACAGGAGGAGGAGCGCUCCGUCAGUCCGUCGGUAAACAGCAGCGGUCGGUGACGGACUCAGACGGUCGGUGAGCCGAUGAAGAGGAGGCUUCUUCUUGCCGGGGUCAUGUAACUUAACAAGGAGGAUGGAGAUUCAGCAUUAAGCCAGCAUCCUGUGGGCAGGAGGUCUGAGGAGAGGCGAGGGAUCAUGGGCGAUGGAGGACCCCUGCAGACUGAGGGGAAUGCCCUCCUCAAAGCUGUCUUCCAGGGGAAGUUGAGGCUGACCCGCCUGCUGCUGGAGGGUGGUGCCUACAUCAAUGAGGGCAAUGAGCGUGGGGAGACGCCCAUCUCCGCUGCCUGCUUAGCAAGCUACGAUGACCCACAGACCCGGCAGAGGAUGGUGAGGUAUCUGCUGGAGAAAGGAGCUGACCCCAACAUCCCCGAUAAGAGUGGCCGGACAGCGCUGAUGCAUGCCUGUGCAGAGCAGGCAGGAAAGGAGGUGGUGUCACUGCUGCUGGAGAAUGGAGCCGAUCCCAGCCUCAAAGACUACUCUGGUUCCUCUGCUCUUGUCCACGCCAUCAACAAAGGGGACCGUGACACCCUGCAGGUUCUGCUGGACUCCUGCAAGGCCAAGGGCAAGGAGGUGAUCAUCAUCACCACCGACACAUCUCCAUCAGGCACCAAGAAGACCAAACAGUACCUCAACUCCCCACCAUCCCCAGGCAUUGUGGACAAACUGUCUCCUGCCUGUAUGUCACCCUCUGAGGUUGAGAUUGGCACCUCCUCCCCUGCAGGAGACAAAGAUGAGGAAGGGAUCUUCAGCUUCAAACUCACCUCAGCAUUACCUUUACCUUCAGCUCGACCUCCAGGUGAGAAGAGGCCACCUCCCCGUAAACUGCUUAAGCGUCUGAACUCAGAACCGUGGGGCCUGGUGGCACCUUCGGUUCUCAGUGGGGUUCCCCAGGACCGGGUGGAUGGAGGUCUGGAGGAGGAGGAGGGCAACAGCAACCUGAACAAGACGAUCACAGAGAUGAAUGGACUGACUGUCACAGAGCCGGUGAGGCCACUAUUGUCACGGCGUCACAGCAUUGAGACGCACGACCCCACGUCCCCUAAACUCAUUGACCGAUCCUGCUCUGAGGACUGCGCAGGGCUGUCUGGUCCAUCGUGGGCUGACAAAGUGCAGCAGCACCAGAUCCUCUACCGCAGGAACACAGCUCCAGAAUCCCAGGAGAAUGCUGCUGGAGCUGGGACAGUUGUGGCCCGAGCCCUAGCUCACCCCAAGCUCACACGGAUGGAGCACUAUGAGUCAGAUACCCACCUUUGUCCAGAGUCCAUUCCUGGAUCACCGGACUCUGGGAGGGUUUCGGUAGAGCGGAGGAGGUACAACGCUUCCCCCUUGUCCCUGGUCACCAGUUCUUCCAGGGAGUCUCUGGAAAACAUCCCCAACUCAGUUUCCCCCAUCACUAUGCGACGGCGUGGCCCAGGGCUCCUGGAGCGCCGGGGCUCUGGGACCCUGCUGCUGGACCACAUCUCCCACACCAGGCCCGGCUUCCUGCCUCCGCUUAACAUCAACCCGCAGAGACCCAUCCCUGACAUCCGGGCCAAUGGGAAACCCACCUCCCCCAUCAACUCUGGACACAAGAUCCUGGUUCCGGUAGCCCCAGCCUCACCCAAACGGGGCCCAGACUUCAAGAUGAAGAAGAAGCUGAUGAGGAGACACUCGAUGCAGACAGAGCAGAUGAAGCAGCUUUCGACCUUCCAGGAGAUUCUAGCGGAGAAAGUCAUUGAGUCCAACGGGGAUUGAUGAAUGAGGACAAGGGAGCAAAGCAAAGGGUAGCUGCAGAGACUCAUCAGGGGUUGAUUUACUGUGAAGCAUCUCCAUUAGAUCAUCACAGAUGAACUCAAAUUAAUACCAUGGCGUGGUCUUUAAGGAGAGCUGCACCAACAAGGACUCAAUUCACCCGAGUUUAGGUUUAAUACAGGUUUUGUCUAUUCCUGGUGUGAAACUGUGAGGUCAGUAUGAGUUUAAUCUAACCAACAUUAAAGAUCAUUGCAACAUGCAGUUAGAUUCCAAAGAGGGCCACGAAGUGUGGCUGAAAGCUACAUAAAUGUACGUUACAAAGCAGUCUUAUGCAUCUAUCACCUUAGCGAUUACCUUUCAUAUAUAACAUCACAUGUUCAGGAAUCAGAUUAUUCUGAGAAUAUGAUGACGUGUGCAUGUCUGUGCAGGUUCUUGAUCAUGCAGGUGAUAGCAGUGUUCAUAGACGUGUACGUCCACACGCAGAGACGUGUUCAUAGACAUGUACGUCCACAGGCAGAGACGUGGUCAUAGACGUGUCCGUCCACACACAGAGACGUGUACGUCCACACGCAGAGACGUGGUCAUAGACAUGUACGUCCACACGCAGAGACGUGGUCAUAGAAGUGUACGUCCACACGCAGAGACGUGUACGUCCACAUGCAGAGACGUGGUCAUAGACGUGUCCGUCCACACACAGAGACGUGUACGUCCACACGCAGAGACGUGGUCAUAGACAUGUACGUCCACACGCAGAGACGUGGUCAUAGACGUGUACGUCCACACGCAGAGACGUGUACGUCCACAUGCAGAGACGUGGUCAUAGACAUGUACGUCCACACGCAGAGACGUGUACGUCCACACGCAGAGACGUGGUCAUAGACGUCUAUGUCCACAUGUAGAAACGUCUACGUCCACACGCAGAGACGUGUACGUCCACACGUUGAGACGUGUUCAUAGACGUAUACGUCCACACGCAGAGACGUGUACGUCCAUACGUAGAGACAUGUACAUAGACAUGUACGUCCACACGCAGAGACGUGUAUGUCCACACGUUGAGACGUGUUCAUAGACGUGUACGUCCACACACAGAGACGUCUACGUCCACACGCAGAGACGUGUACGUCCACACGUUGAGACAUGUUCAUAGACGUGUACGUCCACACGCAGAGACGUGUUCAUAGACAUGUACGUCCACACGCAGAGACGUGUACGUCCACACGUUGAGACGUGUUCAUAGACGUGUACGUCCACACGCAGAGACGUGUACGUCCACACGUAGAAACGUGUUCAUAGACGUGUACGUCCACACGCAGAGACGUGUACGUCCACACAUUGAGACGUGUUCAUAGACGUGUACGUCCACACGCAGAGACGUGUACGUCCACACGUAGAAACGUGUUCAUAGACAUGUACGUCCACACGCAGAGACGUGUACGUCCACACAUUGAGACGUGUUCAUAGACGUGUACGUCCACACGCAGAGACGUGUACGUCCACACGUUGAGACGUGUUCAUAGACGUGUACGUCCACACGCAGAGACGUGUUCAUAGACAUGUACGUCCACACGCAGAGACGUGUACGUCCACACGUUGAGACGUGUUCAUAGACGUGUACGUCCACACGCAGAGACGUGUACGUCCACACGUAGAAACGUGUUCAUAGACAUGUACGUCCACACGCAGAGACGUGUACGUCCACACAUUGAGACGUGUUCAUAGACGUGUACGUCCACACGCAGAGACGUGUACGUCCACACGUAGAAACGUGUUCAUAGACAUGUACGUCCACACGCAGAGACGUGUACGUCCACACAUUGAGACGUGUUCAUAGACGUGUACGUCCACACGCAGAGACGUGUACGUCCACACGUAGAAACGUGUUCAUAGACAUGUACGUCCACAUGCAUAUGCUGCCAUCUUGCUCAGGGACUCUGACUUUAGGCUCUGAAAAGUAAAAAGUAGAAAGUAUCAAAUUGUACUGCUUUCAAAAUUCGAAUAAAAUAAAUCUUAAAUCCAAGAAGCUAAAAAACGAUCAACAUGUGAGACCUUAUUUUCUUACGAAGGUGUUUACAAACCUGUAUUAAAUUUAGUAAUAGUGCUUUAUGUGGCUGUUCAGUGACAUUGAGUGACGCUUGUCAGCAGUGUCUUCACAGGUAGUCCUAAUUUGUUUUAACAUAUUAGUACGAAAGCUGCAUUUUAAAUCAAACUACGUAUUCUUGAUCACAAAUACUGUUCUGGCAUCUUUAAGAAACCAAAGUGCUUGAAAAUCAGUUCAAAUUCAGUGAGUUAUGAGGAUCUACUUGCCAUGUUUGUGCAGAGGCCCGGCUCCCCCUGAUCAGCAUGGCCACUGUGCUGACAUACAAGGGGCAGUUCUUCAAACAUCUAAAAUUUAAAUUAAACUCAGAAGGAAGAUUAUUUACACCAUCUGCAUGCCUUCAGUUCCUAAUAAACCAUAUGACAUAUGUACCUGACACAGCCAUCACCUGCUUUUCAUACAGUGCAUGUGCAUUACAACUUGUAGGUUACAGUGGGUCCCCAAACGCAUAAAACGUUAAUGUUGAGUAUUUUUGAACUAGAAAACAUUGAUAUUUAUUCUUUAUGAGUCAAACAUCAUGCAGAAGUACUUUAAAUUUUCCAUGCAAAGUAAAGCUGGCAUCACCGCAGUCAGCCACGCAUUUGACUGAAGAACUGGAGCAGUCGGUGGGUUGGUUCUGGCCUAGUGGGCCAUAAUUUGAUAUACAGUGUUUAAUGUCUUCCAGUGACAGUCACGGUUACUUCUUUCUAGUGUGGCAAACAGAAGAACACCUUCCUGUUGCAUCGUUUCACCACAGACAAACUGCAGUACCUCUGCAUGACCAGCAGGAGAUCCACCAUCCUGGUGUAAAAUUCUUACAUCUAAGGAAAGCUCGAUGAAGAACUCCAACCCAAGAUCAGUUUAAUGAAUAAAAGAAAGGAUAACUGAAAUAACCCACUACUAGAGCUCUUUAAUGCAUUUCCUCAUAAACGGUGGUAAUUCGUUUCACUCCCUCAAAGAUUUUCAGCAGGUUGAAGUUGAAACUUGUGGGUGAAGCUCUCCUCACCUUCAUUUAAUUGUCUGAAUGUUUAGCCACAGAAAGCUCCUCAGAUUCCUCCGAAUUCCUCGUCCUCUCCUCCAUUCAGACCUGAACUGACCUAAAGAGAAAUAAUCAGACUCCUUUGAUGUUUACAGAUGCACAAUUUGCACUGAGGUCAUUUCCAUUUUCCUCCUCCUACCAGAUGAAGACACAAACGUCCUGCUGCAAACUAACUUGUUUUCAUUCAUAAAACUGACAUAUUUAUUUAAACGCUCCUGUUUGAUUGAUAACGUGUAAAACUACCUACUGCGCUGUAUGUACUGUAAUGAUCUAUAGUCAAUAUAAUAGUUGGUAUAUCCGUGGAAACCCAUCUUUAUUUUACUCGUUUCCUGUGUCUGUACUUUCAGAGAUGAUAUUUUGAUUGAACUUGUGUUGAGAAACAUUGGUUUAUUGUUUAUGAUACUCCAAAGAAACCAGUUCACACUGUAAGUACUGAAAAACAAAUCUGUACUGUUAUACACCUGUUUCAGCACAAGGGGACGCUGUUAAAGGAGCAGCUCGGGCAGAAAAAGUCAGUUCACUCAUUUUAUUCUGAGAUGUUAGCAGGUUUUAAAUCAGAAGCACCUUUAUUAAUAAACAGGUGGAAAAAUCGUCGUCACAGCUGAACCUACGACCCCCUCAGUUCACUUUUAUUUAUAUACAAUCCUGUGAAAAACCCAAGCCCACUGUUACUAGUUCUAUAGGCAUCAACAUGGUGUUACCCGAGGGAGGCACCCAUUUCAGUAGGAAUGAGCUGUAGGCAUGCAGUCAGUCCACAAGGUUUAAUCCUAAUACAAAAACAAUUGUUCUAAACAGGUAACAGGAGCACCCAAGACAACUGUAGGUGGGAGACAGGACAAGUGCUGAGGGGAAUAUAUUAAAAACUAACACAUUAAACGGCAAUCCUCACUUGACUGGGCAAAGAUGUGUCAUAGAAACUCUUCAAUGCCGUUACCGCGGUAAGAUAAGAUAACCUUUAUUAGUCCCACGCGUGGGAAAUUUGUUUUGUUACAGCAGUGGACAGUGCAAAGUUGCAUAGAAAAAUUAGAAAAAAAUAAACA